GCUCAUGACCUUAUCCAAAAGCAACGCAGCAUGGCCGGGAAGCAGCGCAAGCGCGUCCAUUGGUACGAGAAGAAGCAGGCCAAGAAGGUCAAGAAGGAGGCCGAGGGCGAAGACGAUGCUUCUGAGGCUACGAAGAAGCCGGCAGACGACGACUUUGACCGGCGCAACCACUUCCCGACAGCGAUCCACCCCGGCUCGUACGCGGCGCAACUCGACCCGACCGACACGUCCGACAAGUGCGGAACGGGCCCGAAGCGCCGCUAUGGCCUCCUCAUUGCCUACUGUGGCCGCGAGUACUCGGGCAUGCAAAUGAACAUUGGCGUCAAGACGGUCGAGGCCGAGCUCGAGCAAGCGCUGUACAACGCCGGCGCCAUUGCGCGCUGCAACUAUGGCUUUAUCCAAAAGAUUGGCUGGAACCGCGCCGCGCGCACGGACAAGGGUGUCCACGCUGCCGGGCAGCUCGUCUGUGCCAAGCUGUGCGUCGAAGGCACCGAAGACGAGUUCCGCGACAAGGUCAACUCGUUCUUGCCCAAGGACAUUCGCGUCCUCGAAGUCGUCGCGGUGACCAAGAACUUUAACGCGAAAAACUCGUGCGACCGCCGCACAUACGAGUACCUUGCCCCGACGUUUGUGUUUCAGCCAUCGGCCGCGCCGUCCUCGUCGGCCGUCUCGAACGACCAGCCGUGGGACGCGCACGCAAACGAGCUCUUUACCAACCUCGCUGUCGACCCGGCGGCGUGGCAAAAGCAAAAGGAGUACCGUCUCGACGACGCCACGUACGACAAGAUCCAAGCAACUUUGGCGCUCUACGAAGGCACGCACAACUUUCACAACUUUACGUCCAAGCUGCCGCCGUACAGCCCCAAGUGCAACCGGUACAUCAUGUCGUUCAAGGCCGACAAGCCGUUCGUGCUCAACGGCUCCGAGUGGAUUCGGAUGCGCGUGAUCGGCCAAAGCUUCCUCUUGCACCACAUCCGCAAGAUGAUUGGCACGAUGAUCGACGUCAUCCGCGGCGCGACCCCGAUCGCAACGAUCUCGAAAGCGUUCGAACAGACCAAGAUGGAUCUCCCCAAGGCGCCGAGCGCCGGCUUGUACCUUGCCAAGGCGCACUUUGACGUGUACAACGACAAGAAUGAAAACCACCGGCCGAGCUUGGAGUUUGACGAGCCCGCGCAGCUCGCGCGCAUCGAGGCGUUCAAGCACGACCAGAUCUUCCCCGAAAUCAUGGAAAAGGAAGAGCAGCACGCGAUCUUCCCGCUCUGGCUCCUCCAGCUCGACGCGUUCCCGUUCAGCUAUGCGACAUUGCCGUUCGACGAGUGGAAAGUCCAAAAAGAGGCGGCGGCCUUGCGCAACGCGGGCCGCGCGACCGAGUCGGACGACGAGCAAGGCGACGACGACGCGUAGACACUCGAGCGUGUGUGCGUUGUAUUGCAGACAACAACAACAACAACAACAAGAUGCUUGUGCACAAGUCGUUUUACAAACUCU